UAUAAGUACUUCUCUGAUAAAGGAGAGUCACAAAAGUUUCAACGAUAUGAAGUUGCAAAAUGAUUUUCUUGGCAAAUCACUGUCACUGAGUCAAAAUCAAUUAGCAUCUACAAAAUUUGAGAGGAUUCCAUCCAAAGAAGGUGAAGCUGUAGCUGAAAUUGGGCCUGUCAUUGACUAUAAAGUUGGAGUUCAAUUAGAAAAACCAGUUCCCCAGAAGAAGUGUUCCAAGGACAUGAAGUUGCAAAGUAAUUAUCCUGGCAAAUCACUGCCACUGAGUCAAAAUCAAUUACCAUCCACAAUAUUUGAAAAGAUUCCAUCCAUAAUGGGUGAAGCUGUAGUUGGAAUUGGGCCUGCCCUUGACUAUAAAGUUGGAGUUCAAUUAGAAAAACCAGUCCCCCAGAAGGAGUAUUCCAAGGACAUGAAGUUGCAGAGUAAUUAUCCUGGCAAAUCACUGCUACUGAGUCAAAAUCAACUACCAUCCACAAAAUUUGAAAAGAUUCCUUCCAUAAAAGGUGAAGCUGUAGUUGGAAUUGGGCCUGUCAUUGACUAUAAAAUUGGAGUUCAAUUAGAAAAAACAGUUCCUCAGAAAGAGUGUUCCAAGGACAUGAAGCUAAAAAGUAAUUAUCCUGGCAAAUCACUGCCACUGAGUCAAAAUCAGUUACCAUGCACAAUAUUUGAAAAGAUUCCAUCCAUAAAAGGUGAAGCUGUAGUUGAAAUCGGGCCCGUCAUUGACUAUAAAGUUGGAGUUCAAUUAGAAAAACCAGAACCCCCGAAGGAGUAUUCCAAGGAUAUGAAGUUAAAAAGUAAUUAUCCUGGCAAAUCACUGCCACUAAGUCAAAAUCAAUUACAAUGCACAAGAUUUGGAAAGAUUCCAUCUGAAAAAAGUGAAGCUGUAGUUGGAAUCGGGCCAGUCAUUGACUAUAAAGUUGGAGUUCAAUUAGAAAAACAAAUCCCCCAGGAGUGUUCCAAGGAUAUGAAGUUGCAAAAUAGUUAUCCUGGCAAAUCACUGCCACUGAGUCAAAAUCAAUUAGCAUCCACAAGAUUUGGAAAAAUUUCAUCCCAAGAAGAUGAAGUUGCUGUAAUUGGAAGUGGGCAUGUCAUUGACUAUAAGGUUGGAGUUCAAUUAGAAAAACCAAUCCCCCAGAAGCAAGGUGAACCAUCUCUUCAGAAAGAAAAGCAGAAAGAAGUAAAGAAAGGUGGAAGAGAAAAAGCAAAAGUAUCAACAGAAUAAAAUGAAAACAUUGGAGAUAAAAGAUGAUGAUGAAUUAACUGAAUACAGGAGAGCUGGCAAAGCUAAUAAGCAAUUUUCUAUGGAGAGCCACCAACAUGGUAAAGAUGAGGAAAAUAAAAUUCCUGGGGAAGAAAUUCCUAUAAUGAGCAUUUCUUCCAAGGAAUAUUUAGCACCUUUCCACCAUGUUUUAAAAGGGUAAGUUAAGUUUGUCAAAAUAAUUAACUGGAAUAUUAUUAUCAAAUAUUAACAUUCAUGGUAUGUUCAGUUUGCUCUAACAAUCUAGAUCCAGAUUCAUUCUGCAUGCACUUGCUUUUUUGCUGAGAGAGAACUUAAAGUCCCAUGAAUGUAUAUUGUUCUAUUGAUGUAAGUAUAUUCUUUUACUUUGGAACUUUUAUUUUUGGAAGAAACAUCAGUGUUUAUUGAAAGAAGGUAGGUAGUCUUUGAUGAGAUCCAAAAGAUCAGCAUAUGGUAUAAGAUAUGGAUGGCAAGGAGCAAAGCAAGAUAGUUUGCAAAAGUUUGAAAAUGCAUAAAAAGUGCUAAUGAGAAAAAUAGGCUUACAGCUAUUCUAAAAGUUAGAUGAAUUCUCUUAGUCAUUAGAAAGUUUCCCAUCAGUAGAAAUAUUCAAGAAUGAAUCAAUUUAAGUGCUUAUCAUGGCCAAACACUGAGGAAAGUCAGACAAUCUAGAUUCUUAAGAAACUCACACUUAUAAUUGCAGACAUGCAAAUCAUUAAAAGGAUCAUUACCAACCUCAUGCUAUGUAAGAUGGGCCUGAGGAGAGAAAGGUUAAUGUCCUUUCAGGAUGGCAGGAAAGAAAAGGAAAUUGACAGAAUGUAGAGAGAAGUGCUCAUAUUGUUUUAGAAGGCCUUCUGGUGCUCAUAAGGUUUCUGGGUAGAUUGAGAAAGAGCAAAAAGCAGGUAGCAAAAGUUACCUGCUUCCCCACUUUAAAAAAUUUUAGAACCAUAAGAUGAUAGAUGAGCCAGGCAGGAAUAUGGUAAAAAGGGUUCACAAUUUAUGUUGCAGCUGUACUUAUUAGAAGACCUCUAAAAUUCCAACUCAUGAGAGUUAUAAUGUGGAAGUGUUCUAGAUUAACAUUGAGAAAGUCUAGAAUGUAUUGCUUUUUUUAAAGCAAGCCUGGAUUUACUUUUAACUUAAAAUAAUUUAACAGCCUUAAAAAAUUUAUCCUAAAAUAAUUACAUAACCUAUUGGAGAGACACUGAAAAGGGCAUCUUUUCCUGCUCAUUGCCAGUACUCAUACAUUAUGACUUCAUUUGCAUGCAGACAGAAAAUUAUUUACUGUUCCUUUGAUUAGUGGGGAGUAACCAUAUUAGACUUAUUUGUGAUAGACAGUAAAGCCAUGGACAAUUGAAAGCUUCUUGUCAUCUUAUGCUUUUUUAUCAGCCUCAUUUCCCAAUAUAUCUCUGCUCACCCUUCUAGUGAAACAUUCCUAAUCACACAUCAAUAUUACAUGCAGUGUUCCAUAUUGAUAGUCUUCCACUCUGCAUAAAUAUACCCUCUCAUCUGGAACAAGCUUAGACAUUAUAAUUUCACAAUAUUCAGUUGCAGUUAUUUUAUUGUUCUUAAUAACUACAUUAUUUCACUUAGAAUGUAUAUUGUUGUCCUGGUUACUUUUAUUUCAUUUUGCAUUAAUUCAUAUAAAUAUUCUCAUCCAUUAUAUCAACAAACCACAAUUUAUUUAGCCAUUCUUUAGUCAAUGAGCACUUACUCUAUUCCCAGUUAUUUGCUACUACAAAAGAUUCUUGCUAUGAACAUUUUGGUUUUUAAAACUUUUCUUGCCAUUGGGUAAAAAUAACUCCUUGGGGUAUACUUUUAGCAGUUGGAGAGAGGAAACAAUGCUAAAGCACCAGAGAAAUUACUAUUAUUUUGGAAAGUUUGAAGAAAAGGAAAUCAAAAUAGGGGAAAAUGUAAAGUCUGAAGAUGAGAAAUGGAUGUCCAAGGAUUCUAGCACAACUUGUGAAAAGGUGAAUUCUUCAUCUGGUAUCCUACUCCACAGUCAUGAUAACAGCUCUUUAAGUGAGACAGAUUCUGAUGAAUUAAGGCUUACAAAGAUUACAUUAUAUGAGAAAAAUAAGGAUGAAGUAGAGAUGGCUGCAGAUGCUCUGGAUAACCUCACUCAGUCACAUGACAGAGCUACAGGGGAUUAUGAUUUGUCUCCCUCAAAUUAUGUUCAGGGUUCUCCUUGCCUUCAGGAAGAUCAGAAUACAGUUCUUUCAAGCGACUUAUCAGUACAAUUUAAAAAUUCGCAAUUGACACAACUUACAAGACACGUUAUGAGUUUAGAAAACACAAUUAGGGAACUUCAGGAAAAUUUCUUGGAAAGAAUCAAAACUGAAUUCCAACUAAUGCAUCAAAAAGGAGAAUGUGAUACCUGUAGAGGCAGGUAUGGAAUUCUUAAGUUUAAAUAAAGACUUGAACUCAUUUCUCUUACACUGCAGCAUUGUGAAACAGGAAAUUUGAGGUUGGGAAGUAAAAAAUGAAAAAUAAUUAAAAGAAUACUAUAAUGAGCUUUCCUUGAUCCCUUUUAUUCUAUGGGGUAUGAUCCAUCUUCUGAAUGCUUGGAAUAAUUUCCAGUGAAUGCCCACUGUCACUUCAUCAUGUUAUUUUUUAAAGGGCAGAUAAUUGUCUUUAAUCAGAUACAUUUAUCAAGUGCCUUCUAUGUGACAAGUACGAUUGUGGGCAAUGAGACUCAAAGAUAACAACGAAGUAUCAUUGGGAAGUUUGCAUUGAAUUUAAGAAUACAGCAUACACAUACAAAUGUAAAUACAAUAAAAUCAUAGAAAUUUAAAGCAGGGAGGAACAGAGCUUGGUUUUCAGGGGAGAGUAUUAUCCACAUCUUCAUGUAGAAGAAACUACUUAAGCAGAGCUUAAAAAAAAAUGGAUGGGAAGGUUAGGAAAGGACCAUUACAAUCCAGGCUGAGAAGACACCCAGCACAAGGGUGUGGCCUGGGAGUUCUGUGUUGUCCUGUGUAGAACCAAAAGGAGAGCACUUGAACUGGACUGUAGAAUGCAAGAAGGGAUGUAAUAUAUGAAGUUAGAAAGGUAAUUUCUGCUUCUGAUAUGCUGUAAAUACUCUGUUUAUUCAAAUUCCUCAGUAAAUAGUCCCCAGAUAUAUGCAAAAUAGUUUUGAAACUUAGGGAGAUAAGAGAAGAAAAUGAUGUGGCCUGAGCUGUCUCGGCGCUUACAACCUUGGAAAUGGUAGUUUUUCUUGGUGAUCUCAUUGGCUCCUCAUGAGUUCCCUUAACACCCUUGUGGAGGAAUGAUUUCCAGGAUUAUAUGUAUUCAGUCCUAUCUUUCUCUUGAGCUCCUUCCAUACAUCACUAAUUUUGAGGGGGAAUAUCUCAAGUGGGAUGUGCCACAUGCAUCUUGACUUUAACAGAAUUAUCUUAAUUCCUAACCCUGCCCUCCUUUUGAAUGUUCCUAUUAUCAUUGACAGCCCUUUCCUUCAAUUCACCCAGGACUGCAAUUUUAAUAACAUCAUUAAUGGAUCCUUUUUAUUCCCCAUAUACAACUUAAUGACAAAUUUUCUGCCUUUGUAGCAUCUCUCAUAGCAGUCCAUUUCUAUUUAAUAACAAUCAUCAGUACAAUGCAGGCAUUCUUUAUCUCAUAUUAUUGCAGUUAUCUUCUUCUAUCUUUCUCUGAAUGAAGACUUUCCACACACGAAUCCACUCUUCACUCAGCUGCCAAAGUGAUUUUCCUAAGGCAUAAAUUUUAUUACUCCUUUAGUAGUGUUGGCUCCUUAUCAGCUCUAAGAUCAAAUAUAAACUCCUUUUGUUGGCCCUCAAAAGUCCUCAUAACCUUUUCUCUUACCUGCUUUUCCAGUUUUCUCACGCUUUACUGCUCUCCCUGAGAUCCAGGUAUAUUGGCCUACCUGAUAUUCAUUUUCUUUCUUUUAAGAGUAUUUUCCCCAUUUUAUGUAAAAACUUCUUUGCACAUUGAUCUUUUAAACAUUUUGAGUUCUAAAUUUUCUAUCUCCUCC